AUGGACGUCGACGCGACUGCAACAGAUGUUUCCAUGGAGGCGCCUCAAGCAGAGCUCUUGCUUCCGUGGGUGGAAAAGUAUAGACCCGCUUCAUUGGAUCAGCUUGUCGCGCAUGAGGACAUUAUCCGGAUGAUCGAGAGGAUGAUGGCCAAGAAGACGCUGCCGCACAUGUUGUUGCAUGGGCCCCCUGGCACGGGCAAGACCUCGACCAUUAUGGCCCUUGCAAAGACAAUGUACAAGGAGCGAUACAAGUCCAUGACGCUGGAGAUGAAUGCAUCUGAUGCGCGCGGCAUCGACGUGGUUCGUGAGCAAAUCAAAACCUUUGUCAGCGUGAAGCAGCUGUUCGGCUCUGUGGACGGGCAGCCCAAGCUGGUCAUCCUGGACGAGGCCGACAACAUGACGAGCACGGCACAAUUUGCUUUGCGGCGGAUGAUCGAACAGUAUGCCUCCAACUGCCGGUUCAUUCUGAUUUGCAACUACAGCAGCAAGAUCAUCCCGGCGCUGCAGUCGCGCUGCACCAAGCUACGCUUCGCACCACUCUCCCAGGAGCAGAUCCUUGGCCGACUUGAGUACGUCGCGAAGUGCGAGAAGAUCCAGCUGACAAAUGAAGGCGCAAAGGCCAUCGUGCAGGUUGCGGGCGGAGACAUGCGAAAGGUUCUCAACGUCUUCCAGACCACAUCCAUGGGCCACGCUGGCCGCGUGGAUGCUGGCGCCGUGUACACCUCGACAGGGGUCCCAGCUCCAGAGGAGAUCGACCACUUUCUGAAAACCCUUCUGAAUGGCUCGGUGUCCUUCGCCGCAUCCCUGACGUCCCUGAAAGGUUUGCUGAGUGCCAAAGGCUACGCCCUGGAUGACUUCUUGCUGUUGAUGCACAAGCAGAUCAUUGCCUUGGACUUGCCGGUGCGCCAGCGCUUGCAGUUGACAGUAGCCUUGGCUGACAUCGAUUGGCGGCUGAAGCAGGGAUGCAGCGACUCCAUUCAGCUGGGGGCCAUCGUCGGGAUCUUUCACGAGGCGCGAGCCCUUGGCGGUGCCUAG